AUGUCCACUGCCUCAGCCGCUGCGCCCAACCCGACCGUGGUCGUACCGUCAGCCUGCAUUAUGCCACCCUCGUCUUCUUCAUCAACGUCGACGUCUACCAAGCUGCUGGCCACAUCAGCCUCGCCUGCGUCGUUGUCGUCGUCAUCGUCGUCGAGCGUGUCCUACGCAUCGGCAGUGCUGACGGUCGACGUGGUGCUCAACGAGCUCGGCGCACUCCGCAGCCCGCCUUCGAGCAGCAGCAGCAGCAGCAGCUGUGCCUCCCCGCGCUCGCCCACGUCGUACAUGCUCGGCUUCGACUCGCCCACGCCCACGCCCUCACCCUCGUCGGCCUUGUCGUCGUCGUCUUCAUCGUCGUCAGCCGACAGUGGUGCGGGGCAGAUGGUGGCCUCGCCGCCUCCGCCCUCCGACGAGUCCGCCCCCGCCACGCCCUUUGCCGAGAGCGACCACCUGUCGGUCCCUACCUCGCCCGGCGGCACACCGCUGCACGCCUCGCUGCCCUUCAAGAAGGAGAAGCAGCCGCGCGUCCACCUGUUCUUGGAGCAGCUGGGCCAGAGCGGCAACAACUUUGACAAGUACCGCGACAAGACGAAGAAGAAGCCCGGUGGGUCCAAGCGCAAGAAGAGCAAGAGCGGGCGCCACUCCUCCAAGAAACACACGAGCCGCAGUGAACGCAAGUCCAAGAAGGCCCGCAAGAGCAGCAGCAGCAGCAGCACCAGCACCAAGCAUAGCUCCUCCACCUCUUCGGCCGGUCAGGAGAGCACACAGCCCACGCCGUCAUCGUCAGGGUCGUCGACCACCACAACAUCGGCUUCGUCGGCGGUGUCGGCCGCACAGGCCCGUUCGGCCUCGACCCAGCGCCACGGCCACCCCAGCGGCGCCGGCGGCAAGAGCGAAGCCAAGACCACUUCAUCGGCGUCGUCGCCUUGCCGAGGCUCGUCGGUGCCUUCGUCGGCGCCGUCGGCCCGCUCGGCACUCAAUCGGCCCUGCCCCGGGCCUCCGUCAGAACCGGCCUCGACGGCCGCAUCACAAGCCGCGGUCAACCCCAGCCCCAAGUCCUCGCCGCGGCGCAGGCCCCAGCACCGCUCGCCCACCGCCAACCAGACACCCGCAAGCCGUGUGCCGGCGUUCACGUUCGACCAGUCGAUGCCAUCGGCAGAGGACAUGGUGGUCUCGCCGCGCGGCUCGCGAGAGUUCUGUGACUCGCGCCAAUCUUCGCCUCCCCUGCGCGGCAGCCUACUUCCUUCACCGUCCCACCACCUCCUCCAGCCGCAACCGCCACACAUGCACCACCAGCCUCCACCUCGGCUGCACCAGCAGCACCCGCCAUACGGUCACCACCUCGGCCACGGCCACGGCCACAACCACCACCAUCAGCACCACCAGCACCCGCAACUCCCACCACAGCAGCACCCGCAGCAGCAACACCUGCGAUUCAACGCAUUCCCCGCAUUCCCUGGCCAGCAGCCGGGGCUGUCGCUGCCGUGGCCCUCGGUGCCGGCCCAGUCGCCGCAGCACCCCGCCUUCCACGUGCCCUCCACCCCGCCCACCUCGACACCCUCCGCCGGCGGAGCCGCCGACCAACCCCACCACAACCACAACCACAACCACAACCACGCCCAGGCCCAGCACCAGCAACAGGGCCACCAGACGCAGCAACCGCCUCUGGGCUUUGACAUCAGCUCGCUCUUCACCCCGGGAGGGAGCUACGACAGCAGUGAAACGUUGGAUGACAGCUGCCUCUCGCUGCUCAGCGACAGCAUGGUGACCGACAAGGCCGAGAUAAUGACCGAAGCGGCGGGAGGGCUUCCGUUCGGGUGGAUGUCGCAUCCGCACCAGCAGGAGGAGUUCCUGUUGGACGAAAUGCUCGCUGGUGGCGGCGCCUGGGCUGCCGGCCUGCCACCACCCCACCCGCACUCACCCGAUCAGGGGAAUCAGGCCCAAGACCAACAGGGCGCAGACACGAAUGCGGGACCCAACGGCCAGAUGCACCUGACGGACCUCAACUCCAUCAGCUCGUGGUUCUCCUGA